AUGACGUCUCCCCAACAACUUAACUUGGAAAGGCCUUUGGACCAAUUCCGACGCGAGCUCACUGACGCCCAAAGGGCAGAGAUCAGCGGCGCAAAUCGGAUAGUCAUCAACCAUGAAAUUCAGAAGAUACAAACGAAACUCGGACGAGAGAAAGGUCUGUGUAGGCUCGGAAGAAUGACCAAGUUUCUUGACGCAAUGGAAGAAAUUGAGAAGCUCAUCACAAUCUUCCUCAAUGUGAGCGAAGCAGUGGCUUUCAUUUGGGGCCCUAUUAAGCUUGUUCUCAUGCUGGCCACAACAUGGACAAACAGUGUCAAAAACAUCAUCGAUGUCUAUGAAGAGAUCGCUACAGCACUCGAUAAUCUGGCUGUCUUCCAUAACCUAAUCAGAGAUAAUGAUCAAUUAAAGCGGAUGCUUGAAGAUUACGUUUCCGAUAUCCUUCGAUUCCAUCGUUCCAUUCUGGCGGUGUUUUCCAAGCCUGACUGGAAGAGAUUCUUCGUAUUCAUUUGGGGAGAGUUCCGACGCAGUGUCAAGCCGAUCAUCGAGAGCCUCAAAAGGAAGCAAGCGAUGCUGUCAGAUGACAAGCUUCAACAACAUGCAAUUCUCAAAACCCUCCAACAUUCCGAUUCAUACGCAAAAGACCAAUUCGAACAAAUACAUUCUGAUUUGGGUGAUGUACUCACCUUGGAACAACUGAGACGUCAGCAACAGCAAAAUGAAGAAAUCAAGUUAUCGUUGGAAAAGAAACUCAAUGUGUCUUUGUCUCAAACAUCAAGUCAGCUCGAGCUACCAGACACCAUAAUUGAAUCAUCCGGUAGCUGGAUUCUUUCUGACCCACGUUUUAAAUCAUGGGAAGACAAUAAGUCACUACAACAAUGCGUCUUGUUCUUGAAUGGGUGUCCCGGUGCUGGAAAGUCGACUCUGGCAAGAAUAAUAAUUCGUCACUUGAACAACAAAAGAUCAGAAGAAUCCCAAUCCCAAUCCCGAUCCCCAUUGUUUUACUUCUUUUUCAAGCACAACGAUUCAGAUCGCAGAUCGACUCGAUCAAUGCUGUGCCAUAUCAUCACGCAGAUAAUACACUCAGAUGAUGCAAUGAUGCGAUUUGUUUACGACAAAUGCUCUACCUUGGACUACCUUCAGCCGUCCCUGCUAAAAGGUCUGGCCACAGAUUGUUUGUUAUUUCAGCAGGACCCUAUCAUUGUUCUCGAUGGCCUCGACGAAGCCAAGGACAAUGAAACCGCAAAUUGUCUAAAGUGGUGUCUAUAUGAUCUCCUUCAAAUUGCCAAGUCGCAAGGCCGUCAUGUCCGGAUUCUGGUUUGUGGACAGGAAGAUGGAAGAAUUGAACCAUUUCUGUCUUCGUACCCUCAGAUCCGACUUCACACUUUAGAUCCCCACAUGAAGGACAUUGAGGAAUACUGCAGGGACCGGGCUUCUGUAAUCAGUUCCAGGUUUCGGCUUCUAUCUGACGAUGAAAAAGAUUUAGUUGUCAAAGUCUCAAAGGCAGCAAAAGGCAUGUUUCUUUAUGCAAAGGUCGUGCUGGCAAACCUGAUAGCGAUGGGGUCAAGGAAAGAGUUCAAAGCCGAGCUCAAAGACAACGAGUUUCCCCGAAACCUGGACGAAGCUUAUGAGCGUAUUCUACAGCGUAUAAUAUAUUCCGCCGGUCCAUCGGCACAAUCAAGCACUAAGCAAAUUCUUGACGUUGACGACGAACUUUGCGAUCCGGAAGAUGUCCGUGCGGAUGGUUGCAAGAAACUUUGUAGUUCACUAGUCGAUGCUACAGACUGUGAAUUGUUUCCAGGAGUCGAGUCUGAACAGACUAUUACCAUGAUCCACGAAACGGCAAGCAAAUAUCUCAUAUACACCAAUACCAUUGACGUUAUGCAAGAGCACAUCGCCAUGUCCCUCUUUUGCUGCCGCUAUCUUAACUCUAGACCAUUUUUCAGCGCCGAAAUCGACGAAUUGAGGGAAGUGGUUGAAACAGGCUACUUUGGUUUCAUGGACUAUGCUGCUUCCUGUUACGAAUCUCACAUCAAGAAAUCCAAACUCCUGAUGACCGAUGCCAACUCGAACUCAGCCUUACAGAUAAAAGACGCCUUGUCGAAUUUGGAAGACACAUAUCAUAGCACUGCCCCACACAAUGCAGCCGAUAUGCAUGCACUCGCAGGCUGCGUCGUGCAACCUAGCAAAGUCCUCCUUCAAGCCAUACAAGACAAGGUAGUCAAUAUACGCACGACGAUUCACGCCCACUGGGAUACUCUAUCGCUGAACACAGGAUUCAAAGAACUCGAAGGCGAAAAAAGGCAUAAGUGUCCUAAGCUUCAUUGCAGCAAAUUCUGUGUUGGCUUUUUGAAUGAUGCUCUACUGCGGCGGCAUCUCACCAGUCAUGAUCGUCCGUUCAAGUGCAAGGACGAAAGCUGCUUUGCCUAUAUCGUUGGUUAUGCGUCGCAAAAGGAUCUGCAGCUUCAUAGCCACUCGUUUCAUCAUGACGACUCGUUAGUCAAAAUAAUAUUUCCUGGAGGCAACAAGACAACUGAGAAGGACUUUAUCAAUGCUUGCAAAGACGGAGACCUUAAGAAAGUACGGCUACUGCACCAUUUGGGGGCUGAUCUGCAAGGUCCAUCACUUCAAACUUCACCCUUAUAUAUUGCUUUUGAAGCUGGACAUGGCCAUAUAUGCAAAUACCUCAUCCAAAACGGUGCCAAUCCUUUUGGAAGAAGCGUCACUGCAUAUAAAUGGUCACCAGUGUCGCUUGUCAUUGAAAGGAAAAACUUUCAUAUGUUGGAGUUAUUCUUAUUUGCCUAUCCCGGGUACACAUCCUCUAACGAUGCCUGGCGCAUAGGACCGUGUGUGCUAGAUAUUCUUCGACAUUACCCGCCCGGGGUUGACAUUAUACUACGAUUACUAAUCAUUGAGAAUGAAUCAGGGUACUUAUCGACCUAUCUUCCGGUGGUCAUAGAAGAGUUCGCAAGGUUUUUGGUGCUUUGGGGACAACAAAUGGAGGCCACCAUGUUCGAGCGCCACUAUAACCUGGUCGAACACUCGAACGACACCAUAGCCAUGCAUACAAAGUUUCGUGAAUUCUUUCCAAACCUGUACAACCAUAACGAUGUUCUCGACCCUGAUCCCGAAAACCAAGGGUAUAGACUAUAUCAACAGGCGCUGAAAAGACAGAACCGUUUACUUCACGAGGCCUUUACCAUGAAGAUCUAUCCUUUUGCUUCCUUUUUGAUGGACAUCGACAUUGAGAAUGUACUACAGGGACAAGAUUCAAGCGGCAAUAGUCCCUUACACAGCUUUAUCGCCGAAUCCUGUCGAAAUGCUUGUGAUGGCUGUGUACACAUCAUUGAGCGCCUCAUCCAUCUCGAUAGCGCUGGACUCGCACAUCAGCCUAAUGACAACGGGCACUUACCAGUCCAUAUCGCAAUACAUAGGAAUAUUUCUCCCUCGAUCUUGCAAACUAUUUUAAAAUUCACAAAGGACUUGAAUCACAAGGAUACAUGGGGAAUGACGCCAUUGCAUUAUGUUCAAAGCAAGGAAAUUUUGGAAACCCUCCUCCAGCACAAGGAAGUCGACCUUUUUUGCAGAAACAAUGAAGGGCAAACUCGCUUUGCAAGAUUUUGCGAAAAUGAUAUGGAUUUUGACGAAGACCUGAUGCAACUAUUUCUGGACAGGGACAUAACACUAGCAUGGACUGCUGACGAGGCUACACAAAGUCUUACGCCUCUUCACUAUGCGAUGAUAGAUAACAACUGGGGCGAGGGCAGACCCUCAAGUGCAGCUAAGUUCCUUCUCAACCUUUCGGAGGUCAAGCAAGUCCUACAAGCCUUUUCAACCAGUUCUAUGGAAGAUUGUAAGAAAGUAAGAGAUUUUGCGCACGAAGAGGAUCUAUGGCAUGCGUUAGAAAUCAUGGACCAGAUUGCAUUUGGCCUCAGAUGA